UUUGUUUUCUGGCUGUAAAACUAAGUUGGUUUUUUCUUGGUAUAUAGGAGCUAGUUUAGAAAUGAAUGGUCAUUGUUUUCUUGUAAAGCUAAGAGGUUUUUAAAAAUGUCGCGUGUGAAUACAUUAUUUUGUUUUUUAAUAGUGAUAGUUGUUUUACUGCAGCUCACCGAAAGUCAUCACUUCAUAUACGGCCCUUGGAGACCAUAUCACCACGGAUUCUACGGAUAUUAUAGGCCAGGUUUCGUCCCAGGAUAUGGCCCUGGUUUCGGAGCAGGAUUUGGUCCCGGAUUUGGUCCCGGGUUCGGUUUCGGACCUCCGGCAUUACCGCCGCCGCCGUUUAUCGGUUGAGAUUAAGAAUUUGGAUUUAUUGCAAAGUGACCUGGGCUUUGAUUGUUGAUAAUAUAUGGGUAUUUUUAGUUGAAGAAAACUGUAAAAAUGUGUGAAAUAAAGUGAUUGUUAUGUCUGAUUUUGA